AUUCGUCUCAUAUUGUGCUUCGGUCUUUUUGUCAUCAUGUCGACUCCUGGUGUUCCCGAGUCUUUCGCUAAGAAGCAGAAGGCGCUUUUGGCCAUCCAGGCCAAGCGUAACGAAGCUAGCAUCAACAACAAGAAGGCGCUGAAGGACAAGCGUCGUGUCAUCUUCAAGAAGGCGCUGAAGUACGAGAAGGAGUACAAUGGCGCUGAGAAGGAGGAGGUCCGCAUGCGCCGUCAGGCUCGUGCCAACGGCAACUUCUACGUCCCCGCUGAGCCCAAGGUGAUGUUUGUGGUGCGUAUCCGAGGUAUCAUUGGUGUAGACCCCAAGACCAAGAAGAUUCUUCAGCUGCUGCGUUUGCGUCAGAUCAAUAACGGAGUGUUUGUCAAGGUCAACAAAGCGACCAUGAACAUGAUUCGUCGUGUUGAGCCCUUCGUUGCCUACGGAUACCCCAACUUAAAGACCGUUAAGGACUUGAUCUACAAACGUGGACACGGUAAGGUCAUGAAGCAGCGUGUGCCUCUGGUCAACAACGAGAUCAUCGAGACCAGCCUAGGCCAGUACGGUAUCGUCUGUGCCGAGGAUCUGAUUCACGAGAUCUACACACUAGGUCCCCACUUCAAGGAAGCGUCCAACUUCCUGUGGCCGUUCAAGCUGUCUUCACCUCUAGGUGGUUUCACGCACAAGCGCCGUCACUUCAUCGAGGGUGGACAGUACGGUAACCGUGAGGAGUACAUCAACCCAUUGGUCCGAAGAAUGAAUUAAAUGUAUUUCUUGAGUAAAGAAGAAAUGCGCGAUAAUCGGGGGUGAUUAGGGGAUGGGUAUAGAGCUUAUUAAGUUGAUAAAUGAGCAUCUCGUCUUCUAUGUCA